CACCACCGCCCCACCCUCCCAUCGCUCCCUUUAUUAAAUUCUCACUCCCCUUCCCCCCCCCCCCCCGCGGCGAUCGUCGCCGACGCUCUCUGUGAGAUUAGACUGAGAAAUUUGCUAAAAACCCUGUUCGAGAUUUUUUGGUUGAAAUCGCGGCUUGGGAUCGAAGGAUGGGUCAGAUCCAGUACUCCGAGAAGUACUUCGAUGAUAUUUACGAGUACAGGCAUGUGGUUCUUCCUCAGGAUGUGGCUAAACUCCUUCCAAAGAAUCGGCUUCUUUCUGAGAAUGAAUGGCGUGCAAUUGGGGUUCAGCAGAGCCGUGGUUGGGUUCACUAUGCAAUCCAUCGCCCGGAGCCCCACAUCAUGCUCUUCAGGAGGCCACUGAACUAUCAGCAACAGCAGGAGAACCAAGCCGCCCAGCAGGUGCUUGCAAAGUGACCCUUGUCUGCUCAAAGACAGCGUGUUAAUCUCCAGAACUGAAAUGUUACAUAAGCAGGUUUAUCAUUUGUUCAAAAGUAAUAUAAAAGCUUCGGUCGUGGCACUGUAGUGUAAUUCUCUCGUUUGGAGAAUUGUUAAGUGUAGCGACUGAUACUUAUGUAGAAUGGUGUUGAUGGCUUCUCAAACGUGUUGGUUCACCAAUGUUCUUGUGUGGAUUUAGAACCAUUGGUGAAAUUGAGUGAUAAUUAUUAUGGAUAAGAUUUGUGGCUUUGCGUUUUUUGUUCU